AUAUCUUACGCCAUGUCUGACAAGGAGCUGCAAAUGCAGUGAACAAUGGCGUAGUAGUAUGCCAUCCUAGGGCUUGGCUGACCAGGGCUAGCAGCCAGGCUAUAGAUCACUGGACAGAAUGACCACUGCCAGUGCAGAGGACAUCUUGCAGACGGGCAAUGUCAUUAAGGACAGGUGGAGAGUGGUAAAGAAAAUAGGAGGUGGUGGGUUUGGUGAAAUCUACGAGGGGACAGACAUGAUGACCAGGGAGUCGGUCGCCAUGAAGAUCGAGUCAGCCAAACAGCCCAAACAGGUGCUCAAAAUGGAGGUGGCGGUGCUAAAAAAGCUACAGGGCAAGGAUCAUGUAUGCAAGUUUAGCGGCUGUGGACGCAAUGAUCGGUUUAACUACGUGGUCAUGUCCCUGCAGGGCAAGAACUUGGCCGAAUUAAGGCGGGGCCAGCCCCGGGGGUGCUUCUCGCUCAGCACCACCCUCAGGCUGGGGGCUCAGAUAUUGAGGGCGGUGGAAAACAUUCACGAUGUGGGCUUCCUUCACAGAGAUGUCAAGCCAUCUAAUUUUGCCAUGGGUCGUACUACUUCCACGUGUAAGAAGGUCUACAUGUUGGACUUUGGUCUUGCUCGGCAGUAUACGAAUUCUGCUGGAGAAGUACGGAGUCCAAGAGCAGCUGCCGGUUUUAGAGGCACUGUUAGAUAUGCUUCCAUCAAUGCUCAUAAAAACAAGGAGAUGGGUCGGCACGAUGACCUCUGGUCACUGCUGUACAUGCUGGUCGAGUUUGUGAAUGGUCAGCUGCCCUGGAGAAAGACUAAGGACAAAGAACAAGUGGGCAAAAUGAAGGAAAAAUGUGACAAUGCUCUGUUAAUGAAAAACUUGCCCAGCGAGUUUAGCAAGCUUUUAGAGCACAUCUCGUCUUUAGAUUACUAUGACAAACCAGAUUAUGCAAUGCUGCAGGGACUGUUUGCUGACUGCAUGAAGAGGAAAGGGAUAAAAGAGACAGACCCCUAUGACUGGGAGAAAGCCCCUGCUGAUGGCUCCAUAACUACCACGACCACCACCACCCCACCGCUGGCCACAAAGGAGACAAAAGGAUUAGCAGGGUUAAUUCAUGGUGCUCAAUCUCCCGGCUCACCAGUCCAUGCUGCUACUGAUGUGGCCUUGGAUGACAAUUUCAGUGAUCACGAAAACAGUGCGCGUAAACUCGAGAAAGAGCACAGUGUUCAGAACGGUUACGAUGCAAACAAGCCGACAAGUGAAGGGGGCGAGGUGGCCGUGGAUUCUAGAAACAUUGCUCCCUGGAAAUUAAAGCGGGAUCAUGAGCAAAAGUUCCCCAGUAAAGAGGAGGUGGAAGAGGCUUUGGCAGAGAAAGCUCUGAUACUGCCCAGUCCCUCUCAGGGCAGUCCCAAGAGACUCUUGCCUAACAAACCUCAGUGUAAUGGUGCUGAACCAGAGAAGACUGUCAUUCCUCUGGUUGCCUUAGACACAAAACUAAGGACUAUACUCAGAGUAGGGAGAGAGGAGUCUCCCUCAAAAUCACAAGAAGUCGAGAAGCCUGCUCCCAGAUGCUUGCCACAAAUACCUAAAGUGCCAAAUGAUAGUGAAGUUGAUAAUGACAUUGUUCUGCAUAAUGAUAUUGAGAAUACUCUGGAGACUGGGGGUAGAGGAGAGGCUGAUCAUGCCGUGGAGACAAACAAUAUAAAUGUGAAGACUAUUUCAAUGGGAAAUCAAGACAAACUAUUAGAAAGCCCUAAUGAAAUUCAAACCAAAAACAGACAGGAGAUGGACCUUCUUUUAGUCUCCCAAAAUAGCGGUGAGGCAGAUUUGACAGCAAAACCAAAUCCUAUUAAUAUCUGUGAUAUAGAAGCUGACAAGAAUGCUGAGAAAGUAGAGCUGCCUCUCGAGAGCCAAUCAAAAACUAAGUUAUUACUUAAUGUAGUGCCACCACCUGCUGAAGAGCAGACAGGCGAUGUCCGUGACAAAGACACUGCCGAUGGCAUUAAUCCCAUUCCAGAGCGCAGGCCGAGUCAAGUGCAUUUUCAGACUGAUGAUCUCAAAGAGCCUGGUGAAAGGAGGACAAGUUUUGUCAACUUGGACACGGAGGACAGAAGCCAAACGAACUUUGGGGGAAACGCCGAAGAUGAGAAUGCCACUCGUGCUGCCCCCUAUACUGUUGCCUCUCAAUGGAUAGUUUCCUUUCCUACCAGUUCUGAAGAAAGUGAUGCAGCUGAUGUUCACUGGGAAGUGGUGCAAAGUACCACACCACAACCCAAACCAUUUACCCCGUUACCACAGGGGACAGCUGGUGAUGUAAUGGACAAUAUACCUAGAAAACAUAUCGAAGAUGCUGGUUUACAUGAAAAGAAAACAGAAGAAGUUCUGAAACCAUCUGCAAUUGAAGAUAACCUUAUUGAUAAAGACAAUAGUGCAGAGCAUGGCAUUGCAGACUUAGUGGUAGAGGAGGGAGAAUAUAUCUAUGUUGAGGACUUUGAUGGUCUAAUUGGUGAGAGCCAAAAAGACCAACAAAAUGGAGAAAGGGAGCAAGAUAAUGGAAAUGGUCACAAACAGACUGGGGAGUCUGAAAAUACAAAAUGCCCUGUAACUUUGACAAAUCAAGUAACUGAAAAAAUAGAGGUUGAUUCUAAAAUUGAAAAUAUUGAAAAUCUCCAUGAAAUUAGUGAUCAUCCUGGAGAAAAAAGUGAUGAUUCCAAGAAUCUGAAAAAUUCUGAAAAGAGUCCAGUGGUGAUUGAAAUGAGCAAUUCAUCUCCACAUAUUUCUAAGAUUCCAGUCAGCUCAAAGUCUCCUAAGCCUUUGUCUUUGUCCAAUAAACUCUCCCCACCAGUGGUAUCGAGGACCCCAGAACUGUUUUCUGAGGAACGCUCCUCCAGCGCUCCUCACUCUAGUGAGGAUGCACUACCUGAAAUGCAUAAUUCAUCAAAACAUUCUCACAAGUCGAGCACUGCAGGACAGAGCACACAAAACAGUGUAGGCAAAGGGUCUAAAUCUAGAAUUCCAGUGUUCAAGCAUCAUGACUCUGUCAGUUCACAGAAAUGUAGUUUAGACAGUGAGGUUGAGAGUGAAAAUGUACCCCCAACACCAGGCAGGAGGUCUGGGAUUAGGUCUCCAGGCUUUGGCUCUUCUCCACGAUCGGCCAAACCUCAGUCGGACAGAGUGGACAGUCUCAAGUCAGGCGAAAUGACCAGGUCAGCCAGGAGGGCUCGAAAGUCUUCAGAGUCCUCUGAAGAUGGCGGCAGGUUGCUAAGGACUGGGACACAUAGGAAGAACAGUUCAGACUCACAGGAUAGUAGGUCCUCAGGCUCAGGUGUAAAAAGAACGUCCCAUUCUUCUGUGCCAAGUGAACACAGUAAUUCACCCAACUCUUCCCCCAGAAUAACAAAAUCCCCCAGCGACAGACCGAAUGGUCAUUUAAAAGAAAAGAAAGGGGGUCAUCCUCACCACAGUAAACUGAAUGGUGUUGAUGGCACGAAGAGACACAAUGAAGAGUCUGAUCACAGUAGUGUGUCAUCUAGAUCAAAUUCCAGGAGGAAGAAUGGUCACAGUCCUGUGGUCAGCUCCCCCUGCACCAGUCCACGUCCUGAUUCUGACCAUGGGCCUCUGUUAGUGCCACACCCUCCGCCUGGGAAACCUAAGACAGAGUCAGCUCUUACCUCUUUUAGACGUCGGCGUUUCAAGCCAGCAUCCACUUUUACCACACCAAGGUCAGGGAGAUCCAGUGUAACCACUGUCAAGCCUUCAACAAGACCCACCACCAAACCUGCCACCAAAUCUACCACCAAACCUGCCAAGCUUCAGUGAUAUUGUUUGCAGCUCUGUGUGCAUUCUCUUACACUCUUUGGUUGCAUUUCAUGGAUGUAGUUUUGUUGUCGCCAAGGUGCAGGAGGGUUGUCAAGUGGUGCCCCCUGGUGAAAAGGCAAG